AUGUUGGAUGUGAGGAGGUGUAUUAAGAAAAACUCAAAUCUCAUAGUGACUAGGGAUACAAACACAAGGAAACUUAGAAAUGAGGGAUUUUUAAGUCCAUAUCAUCCUCGGUAUCCAGACAUACUCACAAAUUCUGCUCAUCCACUGAGAGCACAAGAUCUAGCAAAUGUAACUUCGUAUCGAGAAUGGGUGUUAUUUGGGUAUCUAGUCUGCCCUGAUGAACUGCGUCGUGUCACCAGCAUUGAUAUUGCUUUGUUAUCUUCUCUUUGUCCGUGUAGUGAUGAAAUUAGAGAGACUCUCGACUCUCCUAACUACCUGUUCUCAGCCCCAAAUGACCCUUCAUUCUUCCACCCUCCCAGGACAUCUGCAAAAAUUUUUGUCUUCAAACAAUACUGCAACUCAAAACCUUCACCUUGUCCUGGUGAAAAUCAAGAAAAGCCUAUUGCAAGUAAUGAGCACGUAGAUCAAUUGGUAAAGGCCGAGGUUAUGCAGCUCUUGAGACAGCUUUCUUUAAAAGGCAUACAUGAAAAACAUUAUGCUCUCUCCGCUGUGGUAGUAUUGAAGGAGAAUUUAGUCCUCACAUUAUUCAGAGAUGAGUACAUACUUCUGCAUGAGGAUUACCAGUUGUAUGUUCUUCCUCGAAUAUUAGAAUCUAAGAAGAUGGCAAAAUCUGGACGUACGAAGCAAAAAGAGGCAGAUUUGGAGUAUAAUGUUGCAAAACAAGUUGAGAAAAUGAUAAGGUGUCUUUCUUUUGGCAAUUUGAAGGAUGAAAAAAUGAUGUCUCUGACAUUUGUUGCUGAAACUUUUGAUCAAGGUCAUUUGGAGAGUCAGAAUUCAGAUUUUUUGGUUCAGACUUGUGCCCAGUUUCAGGUUCAGAACUUGGAUUGGAUUCAUGGACUUGCCCCAUGGCUGAAAUGCUCUUCCUCCUUGUGUAGACUUGUGCCCAGUUUCAGAUUGUGGGUAUUAGCUCUUGAGGCUGAAUCUUUGAUAGUUUCAGCAUUUGCUGGUUGCAGUUCAGUGGGAUCAGUAACAUACUCAGUUUCAACUUCCAAUUCUGUCCCAGAAUUAAUAUGCUUAGGUGCAGGUUCAGUUGGAGCAUAUGGCAAAACAAAGGGUUACAAAAGGCGAAAUCAAGUUGUUCAAGAGGCUUCAUAUGCAUUUCUAGACUUGUCUUUGGUGGACUGUGGAGUUGCAUCAUCAAGAUCUAAAACCACCCGAGUGGUACCAGUGGACAUAGAUCCAAAUGACCCAACAAUUGGAUUUUUGUUAGAUGGAAUGGAUCACUUAUGUUGCUUGGUACGCAAAUACAUUGCAGCAAUUCGAGGUUACUCAUUAUCAUAUCUUUCAUCCUGUGCUGGAAGGAUCCGGUUUUUACUAGGAACCCCUGGAAUGGUGGCUCUUGAUAUUGAUGCUAGCCUGAAAGGACUUCUUCAGCAGAUUGUUCACCACCUUGAAAACUUGCCCAAACCGCAGGGUGAAAACAUUUCAGCUAUUACUUGUGACCUUUCGGAUUUUCGAAAGGAUUGGCUAUCAAUUUUAUUGGUAGUCACGUCUUCACGUUCAUCUAUAAACAUUAGGCAUUUGGAGAAAGCAACAGUUUCCACUGGCAAAGAAGGAUUAUUAUCAGAAGGGAAUGCUGCUUACAAUUGGUCCAGAUGUGUAGAUGAAUUGGAAUCCGUACUUUCAAAGCAUGGUAGUCUUAGGAAGCUGUAUUUCUACCACCAACACCUCACAGCUGUUUUUAGAAACACCAUGUUUGGACCAGAAGGGCGUCCUCAACACUGCUGUGCAUGGCUUGGGAUUGCUAGUAGUUUUCCCGAGUGUGCAUCUCCAAUUGUUCCAGAAGAGGUUACAAAAAUUGGAAGGGAUGCUGUCCUUUAUGUUGAAUCUCUGAUUGAAUCUAUCAUGGGAGGAUUGGAAGGAUUAAUAAAUAUUCUUGACUCUGAAGGAGGAUUUGGUGCCCUAGAGAAUCAGCUUUUUCCAGAGCAAGCAGCUUCAUAUCUGAAUCAGACGUCAAGAGUUUCCAUUCCGUCAUAUAAAUCUCCAAAAGGAACUGCUGGUUUUCCUCUACCAGGCCAUGAGAGCUUUCCUGAAAAUAAUGGUUCUAUAAAAAUGUUAGAAGCUGCAAUGCAGAGGCUGACCAAUUUGUGCUCAGUUUUAAAUGAUAUGGAGCCUAUAUGUGUUUUAAACCAUGUCUUUGUACUUAGAGAGUACAUGAGAGAAUGCAUUGUUGGCAACUUCAGAAGAAGACUGCUUGGUGUUCUGAAAACUGAUAAUGAUCUUCAACGGCCUACGGUUUUGGAAUCACUGAUUAAGAGACACAUUAGCAUUGUUCAUCUCGCAGAGCAGCACAUUAGCAUGGACAUUACUCAGGGUAUUCGUGAAGUUUUGCUUUCAGAAGCCUUUUCAGGACCAGUUUCUUCUCUGCACUUGUUUGAAAAGCCAACGGACCAACAUACAGGAUCAGCCACUGAAUCUGUAUGCAACUGGUAUAUCGAAAACAUAAUCAAGGAUGUUUCAGGUGCUGGGAUUUUGUUUGUUCCAAUUCAUAAAUGCUUCAGGAGUACAAGGCCUGUCGGUGGAUAUUUUGCAGAAUCAGUCACUGAUCUGAGGGAAUUACAGGCUUUUGUACGUAUUUUUGGUGGAUAUGGAGUAGACAGGCUAGAUAGAAUGCUAAAAGAACACACAGCUGCUCUUUUAAAUUGCAUUGACACUUCAUUACGUUCAAACCGAGAUGUUCUAGAAGCAGUUGCUGCCAGUCUGCAUGCUGGUGAUAGAAUUGAAAGAGAAGCCUCUAUGAAGCAAAUAGUUGAUCUGGAAACUGUGAUUGGUUUUUGUGUUCAGGCUGGCCUUGCACUGGCUUUUGAUCGGCUACUAGCUGAGGCUUCUGGUGCUAUACUUGAAGAAGGUGCUCCCUUGAUUCAUUCAUUGCUAGCUGGGGUGGUUAAGCAUCUACCUGAUGGAGUACCAGAAAAGGAAGAAAUAAGGAGAAUAAGAACUGUGGCAAAUACUGUAGGGGUUGUUAAUGAUCAUGAUUCAGUUUGGGUAAGAUCUAUUUUGGGGGAAGUAGGUGGUGCAAGUGAUGGAUCAUGGGGCUUGUUACCUUACUUAUUUGCCACAUUCAUGAUGUCUAAUAUUUGGUCCACCACGGCAUUUAAUGUUGACACAGAGGGUUUUAGUAACAAUAUCCAUUGCUUGGCAAGGUGCAUUUCUGCAGUGAUUGCCGGAAGUGAGUUUGUUAGAUUGGAACGGGAACAUCAGCAUAGGCAGUCUUUAACAAAUGGACAUGUUAGUGAGGGAAUGGAUCCUGAAUUAUCAAGUCAUAUGUCAGCCGAAGCAAGUAUUAAGUCCACACUGCAGUUAUUUGUGAAACUCUCUGCAGAUAUCAUACUGGAUUCUUGGAGUGAAACACACAGGUCUCAUCUUGUAGCACAGCUUAUUUUCUUGGACCAACUUUGUGAGAUUUCACCUUACCUUCCAAGAAGCUCACUGGAAACCCACGUUCCAUAUGCCAUUCUCCGUUCAGUAUACAGCCAAUACUACGCUGACACUCAGUCCACUCCAUUGGCAAUAUUGAACGCGUCACCCCGUCAUUCACCUGCUGUGUUGCUAGCACAUGCAUCUCCUCCUGUCUUAAGGCAUCCUCGUGGGGACUCACCACAGUACUAUGGCCAUGAUUCUGGGUACUUCAAAGGAACAUCGUCACAUAGCCAGGAGCACCUCUAUGAUGCUGAUAUUGGCAGCUUAAGAAGCAUGGACAACAAGCAAAGGAACUAUCGUAGUUCUGGGCCUUUGGAUUACAGUGCCAGCCGUAGUAGGGUCAAAUCUGUUGAAGGUUCAACUUCUGGAAGCACUGGCCCCAGUCCACUUCCUAGGUUUGCAGUGUCUAGAUCUGGUCCAUUAGCAUACAAGUAG